CUAAACGCGACCAAGCCGGACCGAAAGUCCUUCUUUCUUUUUAUUUGUAAACUUAUAUCCCCUUCUUCUUUUCCUCUUUGUACAUUAGCCAUGUUCAGAUCCUUGAAAUCCGUCUCUGCCCUCGCCGCACGUGCUUCAACUGUUACUCGCCAAUCGGCCGUUCAACAGCAGCAGAAGCGUUUCCUCAACAUUCACGAAUAUCUCUCUGUCAACCUCUUGAGAGAAUAUGGCAUCAAUGCUCCCAAGGGUCAGGUUGCCAAGACUCCCCAGGAAGCUUUUGAAAUCGCAAAGAGACUUGGUUCUGAUGACCUUGUGAUCAAGGCCCAGGUUUUGGCUGGUGGUCGUGGUAAAGGUACUUUCCAGAACGGUUUCAAGGGUGGUGUCAAGACCUUCUCUACUCCCGAAGAAGGUCAGGCUCUUGCUGAAAAGAUGCUCGGUCAAAAUCUCGUGACCAAGCAGACUGGUGCUGAGGGCAAGCCCUGUAACGCCGUGUACAUCUGUGAACGCAAGUAUGCUCGACGUGAAUACUACUUUGCUAUCUUGAUGGAUCGCAAGUCGGCCGGUCCCGUCGUUGUCUGCUCUUCCGAAGGUGGUGUCGAUAUCGAAACCGUGGCUGCUCAGAACCCCGAUGCUAUUGUCACCAUGCCCGUCGAUAUCAAGACCGGUCUCGGCAAGGAACAGGCUUUGGAACUUGCCAAGAAGGUCGGUUUCAGCACCGCUGGUCAGGACGCUGCCGCCGACACCUUUGUCAACUUGUACAAGCUCUUCAUCGAAAAGGAUGCUACUCAGGUUGAAAUCAACCCUCUCUCCGAAUCCAACGAUCACGAAGUUCUCUGCAUGGAUGCCAAGUUGAACUUUGAUGACAACGCCGAAUUCAGACAGAAGGAAGUCUUUGACCUCCGCGAUCCCUCCCAGGAAGAUUCCCGUGAAAUUGCCGCCGCCAAGUACAACUUGAACUACAUUGGUUUGGAUGGCAGCAUUGGUUGCUUGGUCAACGGUGCUGGUCUUGCCAUGGCUACCAUGGAUAUUAUUCAGCUUCACGGUGGUAAGCCUGCCAACUUCUUGGAUGUCGGUGGUGGUGCCACUCCCGAAGCUGUCAAGGCUGCUUUCGAAAUCAUCACUUCGGAUCCUCACGUCACCUCGGCCUUUGUCAACAUUUUCGGUGGUAUCAUGCGUUGCGAUGUCAUUGCCGAAGGUAUCAUUGCUGCUGCCAAGGAUUUGGACCUCAACAUUCCUUUGGUCGUCCGACUUCAAGGUACCAAGGUCAACGAGGCCAAGAAGUUGAUCGCCGACUCUGGCAUGCGUAUCUUUGCUUUGGAUGAUCUUGACUUGGCUGCCCAGAAGGUCGUCAAGUUCUCCAACAUCGUUUCUUUGGCUAGAGAGGCUAACAUUGACGUCAAGUUCGCCUAAACAUUCUUCUUAAUUUUUUUUUUCAUCCAUGAUUUAUGAAAGAAAUCAACCAGUGCGCAUUGAUCCCUCUAAUCCUCCUUCCUAAAGAAGAAAAAAAAUUCUCAAUAAAGGAACACACUGAUACUUAUAGAAUAUACAAACACAGCA